UACCCAGAAUGCUUCACUUCCGGGAUGUAAACAGUUCGCAGGCAAAGAUGGCUAUCUUACGGACGUCGCCGUUUGUCCUGUUUUUACUGUUUGUUUGGUUUAUUUUGACUGACGCGACCACACGACAACUGGACAAGGAGAGAAUCCUCAUCAACGUAACGGCAGUCGGUGACACACAAGAGACACACAAUCUUCAGAUUAAUUUUAACAUCUCAGUGGUUGGAGAGCAGUUCUUUGUUAAUGAUAUCCCCGUGAAGUUGUCGGGAGUAACGAGAUUAACCUGCCAAGCCUUGCUUUUGGAUGGCAGCAGUGGAAGCACCGGGUCUGGACCUGGUGCCUUCGUGAGCACUGUGACCCGGGUUCUGGUGCGCCAGUGGCCCCUGGAGAGCGAUCCGGUGGUGGAGCUGCUUGUGUUUAAUGAGGAGGUCAUCGAGGUGGAGGGGAGGAAGGUCCAGCAGCCAGACAUGUAUGAAGUCAAUGUAUUGAUGAACCAAAAUUUCCAGAAGCUCAGACAGUCCACGUACUCCUACCCCAUUUCGGAGAGCAUGCUCUUCAGUAUCCCCAGAGAAAAUGAUGUGGUUGUCACAGACCCCAACCUACCAAGAAGAGUGGAGGACCAAGACAUCUUGCACACUACCAGUCACUACCCCUUAAAACAAGCAGAGACCACUCAGGAGGAGACGGCUGCCCCCGGGAAGCUGCCAGAGACCCCCCUGCGCAUGGACCCCGCCCCCAUGUACGAGGAGGACACCACAGCCGAGGAGGAGGGGCUUCCAGACAAACUGCUCCCCGAGACACCGCUCAGAUCAGAGUCCAUUUCCUCUUACAACGCCAUGUGUCAGUGGGUAGAGGAGCUGAGGGAACGUCUGAGACGCUUCUGGACCGAAUCCCUGCCCCUCUUCUUCCUGAUCAUGUGGGUAGUGGUGGUGGGGGUCGUGGGGUCAGCGGUCAUCGUCAAGAUCCUGGACGUGUUCUUCCCAUCCUGCGAGCACAAGGGAAUCCUCACUCUAAACCCUGUGACUCUGAUGCCAGAAGACGAGAAACAUUCUCUGCUGGAGAACAUGGAGACACAGCCACAGGAAGAGAAGCAGCCCUGAACAAAGGUCCUGGGAUGGAUCGGACAGACACAACCGUGGGGCCAGAGGCAUUUGUGUGGUCAGGGAAACCAAUUAUCUUUUCCUAAGUGUAGCACUUUCAUACAUAAAUAUAUAGUGAUGAUGCCUUUAUUUCUUUAAUUGAAAAAAAAGGAUAACCCACCACAGAACAUAUGAGAAUCUAAAAAAUUUUAAAUGGACGGGGGUAAGCUUUGUGAAAAGGAUUCUGACUGUAUUUUUGUGUAUUAAAUGGUUCUGUCACUUCACUGUGGCUCCAUGACUGUAGUUUGUAUAGUUAAGCCCAAUUAUAGAUGUUAUUUUCUUUAAGAUGACAUGUCUUUUGUUUUUGUAUUGGUUGACCUUGAGCAAAGUGAACUUGUACAGAGCAUUCUUUCAGAGAGUUCAACACUGAAGAGCUCGAGUUCUCUUUGCUUAAGUUAAAAUAUACUUAAGAAUUGCUUAAAACAAUUCAGAUUUC